UUGUAAGGUACAACCUGGACCUACAGCAUCCUCUACCACCUUACUCUCAGAUACAGGGAAACAGCUCACUGUGGAUAUAUCUUCCAAGUCUAAAACGCCAACUACUGAGGCAGCAUCUUCCUUUAAAAAGGCUUUAGUUUUAAAUGAGGAAACUGCUACUGAAGAGACAACCCAUAUCAACAAGACAUUAAAGACAUCUCAUGGGGAGAUGUUUCUACAGAAGAAACCACUAACCUUGCUGGAGGAGACUGAAAAUUAUGAUGAGUUUGAUGUAGAGCCAAUGACUUUUGGAAAAAAGUAUAUAAAUGAAGAGGCUGCCAUCAUUGAAGAGACAAUGCCCUCACAGAAGAGAUGCCUUUAUCAGGAGACACAGUCUCACCAGCAGUUGCUGUUCAUAAAGAGCGAAAGUUGUGAGAAUUACUACUAUCUGGAGCUGAUUGGUUUAGAUGAGCCUGAGCCUCAGCCUGAGGCAACUGUUGCCUUAAGGCCAUUAUCUUUGAAUAGUAAAUGCACUGUUCAAGGAGGGAAGCAUCCUACUCCCUCACAAAUUAGAAAGUCAUUGUUCUUGAAAGAGAAUCCUACCACUGAGAAGUCUCUGUUACAGCAGCCAUCUUCAUCACAAGAGAAGAACAACACUCAAGGGGAGAUAAGCAUCUUGAAGAAGCCACAGGUAUUACAAGAGAAUACAAACAAUGAAGAUGAUGGUUUACUGGAGCCAGUUACUUUUAAGAGGAAACAUAUUGCCGUGGAUACAACCAACACAGAGAAUCUAUCAGAUUUUAAAAAGAAAUGUAACACUCAGGGAAAGAUCUUUUAUUUUCAGUCAGUCACACAUGAAAAUGAAUCAUUCACUAAUGAACCAUCGUUCUUCAAGAAGUCUACCACCAAGAAUGAUUUCCCUUUCCAGUGCCUAUCUGCAUUUCAAGAGAAGCAUACCACUCAGGUGGAGGCAUCCACUGUGAAAAAGCCCCAGAUUCUGCAAAAUCAUACCCCUGAAGAAGAGUCACAGUUUCAGGUAGAAACAGAUUUUAAGAAGCAGUGUAUAAUGGAGGAGGCCCCCAGCAUGAAGAGGGUUUUUUCCUUAAAGAAGCAGCAGCAUCAGACUCAAAAGAAAAUGUUCUGCUUCAGGCCUCUAGUAGAAGAACCAAUCACUAGUGAGCCUCCCUUGAAGAAGCCUACCACUGAGAAAAAUUCAGUUUCCUGGGGGUCAUCUGCAUUACAAGAGAAGCAUAUCAUUCCAUGGCAGGUAUCCACUUUGAAGAAGCCCUUGGUGCUACAAAAACAUCCCAUUGAGGAGGAGUCACAUUUUCAAGAAGCUUCAUCUUUUAAGAACCAGUGUAUUAUGGAGGAGACAGACCCCACCCAGAAGCCUUUACCUUUAGACACGCAACAGCACCCUAUUCAAGGGACAGUGUCCCAUUUGAAAAAUCCACUAGUAUUAUCGACAGCCACUUCAGGAGAGAAAUCACUCAUUAAGGAGCCAUUUUCCUUUAAAGAAGAAAAUAUGUCUUUACAGAAAAGUAAGUAUAUUACUCAGAUAAAUCCCACCUGUCCAGAACAGUCAGAGUGGCUGGAUAUAAUUGAUGGAGAUAUGAAUUUGUUUUUUACAGAUCCAGGGUCACUAAGGGAGGAACCUACAACUGAGUUACUGCAGGAGCCAUCUUCACUAAAAGAGACUUACUCCAUUCUGAAGAAAGUGUCCCCCUCAAAGCUAUUGGCUGCACAAGAGAAGACAACCAGUCAAAAAGAAGCUUUUAGUAAAGAACCAGUGACUUCAAAGGAAGAACCUACUGACUACUAUGAAUUUUCUCCAGAGCUAUUUUCUCCUUAUAGUUCUGAAAAUGACUUCAAAUUACCUCAGUCUUUGGACUUGCAAGAGAAAACUGAUACCAAGAAUGAAUCCCCCCCCAAACUGUUGGCCUCACAGGACAGCAUCAGUGAAGAGGAGGCUCUUUUCAGAAAAUACUUUUGUAGGGGUAGGAGGUCCUCCGAUGAGGAAUCAAGUCCAGAAAGGACUGUUGCUCAAGAGCAAGAAUUCCUCUUAAUGAGGGAAUUGGGGUUGCAUGACAAUAGCAGCAAUGAUGGUGACAAGCGUCUUAUUAAUCACCCAGUGACCUUUCAGGAACAUUCCAAUAUUAAGAAGAAAAACUUCAAGGAGCCUUUGAAAAGACAGGAGAAACUCAGUGCUGGGAAGAUGGCUCUCCUUAAGAAGCCUUUGAUUUUGCAAGAAAAUCCUAUUGGAAAGACUUUCCUCAAUGAGCACACUAUUGACACAGAGGAUCACUCUCAGAAAUGUUUUACCUUACAAGAGACACCCAGCAUCGAGAAAGAGGCUACAGUGAAGGAGAUCUUAGCCUUACUGGAGAAGUCUAGAACUGAAGUUGUGCCUGUGCUGAAGAAGCUGCUAGUCUUACUGGAGAAUCCCUCCAUGGAAAAUAAGCCCUUGACCUCACAGGAGAAUCCCAAGACUAAGGAAGAGUCUAUCUUGCAGGAAGUAUUGGCCUUGAUGGGGAAGUCUCUCACUGAGAAGUCUACCCCAAGGGAGCCCUUGCAGCAGGAACCUAUCACUAAAGCAGAGGUUACUAUGAAUGCCUUAAAGGAAAAUCCCAGCACUGAUAAGGAAGCUAGGCCCCAAAAGGUUUUGAGCAUUAAUCAUAAGUCUGGCAUUGAGAAAGAUAUUUUCAGAAAGACAGACUUUAAGAAGAAGUCCAACACUGAAGCCCACUUCAAAGAGACAUUAUCCCUGAAUGAAAAACUUACUGCUGUAAAGAAAUUGUCCUUUCAAAGCCCAUUGGCUUUAGAAGAGAAUUCUCAGGAGGAAGACUCUUUUCUCGAAAGACUCUUUUACUCUCAAGUUACCAGAAAGUCAAAUGUAUCUAGCAAUACCCUUGAAUCCAGACCAGGCAAUUCCAAAACUGUCAACAUGUCCCAUGUAAGCAAGUUCAAUCCAGACAUGAAGUUCAGUUCACAUAAAUCUGGUUCAAAAAAUUCUCACUCAUCUGUGGGCAGAAUACUGAAGGAGAUAGGCAUAGAAGAUAGUGACACACUGGAAGAUAGUGUACUGGACGACUCAGCAUAUGUCAAGGAAGUCUUCAGCUACUUGAAGGAGAGAGAGGAAAAGUUCGUAGUUGAAAAAUAUUUGGACAGGCAGAUUGAGAUCACCAGUGAUAUGAGGGCCAUUCUUGUGGACUGGUUGGUGGAGAUACAGGUAGCUUUUCAGAUGUGUCACGAGUCCCUGUAUUUGGCAGUGAAGCUGGUAGAUCACUACCUAAUGAAGGUAUCAUGCAGGAAGAAUUACUUGCAACUCCUUGGUUCUACUGCCUUUAUGAUUGCAGCAAAAUUUGAGGAACCGUGCCCACCUUCUCUGUUUGAUUUCCUGUACAUCUGUGAAAAUCUUUAUGAGCACCAUGAGAUGAUUGCCAUGGAAAUCGACAUCCUGAAAACCCUCAACUUUGACAUCAACAUUCCCACUGCCUACCAUUUUCUGCGUAGAUUUGCUUUGAGUACCCAUACUAGCAUGAGGACACUAACCUUGUCCCGCUUCAUCUGUGAGAUGACCCUACUGGAAUAUGACUACACCCAAGAGAAGCCUUCCAAGCUAGCUGCUGCUUCCUUCCUCUUGGCCCUCUACAUGAGGAAUAUAAAACACGAGGUUCCUUUCCUGGAAUAUUUCAGUGGCUACCAGUCUACUGAGCUUCACCCUCUCGUCAGGAAGCUAAACACGAUGUUGACGUUUCAAUACUAUAAACACUUCAACACUGUGUAUGAGAAAUAUUCUGAAGAGGCUUUCUUUGGAGUUAACAAAAUCCCCCCUUUGAAUAAGGAAGAGCUGAGGGAGAUUUUGGAUAUGUGACUUACUCACCUG